ACAAUUCCACCAAAUCGCCAUUGCUGAACAGAUAAAGAGAGCCGGUUCUUUUCUUCCUCUUCUUCUUUCUCCUCUCUGUUCUUCAAUCAAUCAUCGAUGGAUUCAUGUGAAUCUGAAGUAACCUUUGAUUUCUUUCCUUACUUCCGCAUUUACAAAGAUGGCCACAUCGAGAGGCUCGUAGGCUCUAAUAUGGUUCCACCAUCCCCAGAUCCGCACACCGGCGUUCUAUCAAAAGAUGUCAUUGUCUCGACGGAAACCGGUGUAUCUGCACGGAUUUUCCUCCCAAAUGUAAACACUUCCGACCAACCACAUCGGAAGCUCCCCCUCCUUGUUUACUUCCACGGUGGUGCCUUCUGCAUUGGGAGCGCUUUCUCCUCUGCCUACCACCAUUACGUCAGUUCACUAGUUGCGGAAGCAAACGUCAUCGCCGUAUCAGUGGACUACCGACUAGCUCCAGAGCACCUUCUCCCGACGGCCCACCUCGACUGUUUGGCCGCCCUUAAAUGGGUGGCUUCCCAUUCAAAAGGUGAAGGGCCGGAAGCUUGGCUGAACGAUCACUCGGACUUCGACCGAGUGUUUCUGGCCGGGGACAGCGCGGGUGCCAACCUCGUGCAUUACGUCGCAAUGCGGGUUGGGGAGUCGGAAGUGGAUGGUCUGAAGAAUCUACUGGGGAUAGCUCUGAUCCAUCCGUACUUCGAGGGAAGGGAACCGGUUGCACCGGGAACAAGCGACGAGGAGAAGAAGUCAAAGGUUAGCAAAUUCUGGGCUUACCUGUGUCCGUCAACCAGUGGGUGCGACGAUCCGCUGAUCAAUCCGGCAGCAGGUCCGAGCAUGUCGAGUCUGGGAUGCACUCGGGUGGCAGUCUGGGUGGCGGAGAAAGAUAGUGUGAGGAAAGAAGGUGUGUUUUACUACGAAUGGUUAAAGAAGAGUGGAUGGGGGGGAGUGGUAGAAAUAUCUGAAGAACAAGGGGAAGAGCAUGUUUUCCAUCUGGUGAAACCUGACAGUGAGAAAGCCAUGGCCAUGAUGAAACGCUUGUCCUCUUUUCUCAACCAGAAACUGGAACAUAACAAUUCGCUCCUCUGAUUAUAAUUCCAAAUUCCAGUCGAAUUAGGGAAAUAUAUAGAUAUCACACAACUAUCAUCCUCAUGGCUCAUCGUCUAUCUUAUCCCACUGAUGAGAGUAAUAUGUCUGAGCGACGAUCCAAUUCUAUGUGAUUUAAACAGAAGUUAAUUGCAGACUAGUAUCUAGAGUUGGAAUUUCAUGAGACAGCUGUUUGUAAUAUUAUGACCUCUGCAAAAUUUCAACGAAUAAAAAUGCUGUGGUGAGCUGAUUGAUUGGUUGUUUUGCA